GAACGGCUCGAGGACAUAGCCCUGUCCCGCGGAGGCAGGGCCUCCAGGACAGGUCGUAGAGGCAGAGGCAGGGGGCAAGGCGGCGGCAGCGGAAAGUCUCGCGAAGUCGCCCUCUCUCACGCCCUCUCAAAGCUUCUCCGCCAUCAGGCCGCAAGCGCGGGAAUCCAACUCGACAGCGAGGGCUUUGCGCCGUUAACUAAAGUGCUCAAAUGGGGCCCCGUCGGCUCGCUUAAGCCCACCUUCGCCGAGAUCGCCGCGGCCGUGCGUGACAGUGACAAGCAGCGGUUCGCGCUCAAGCCGGACCCGGUGACGAACCCGGCCCUGGACGAGGCCACCACGGACCCGGCGCACUGGCUGAUCCGCGCCAACCAGGGCCACAGCAUCAAGCUCGACAGCGAGAAGCUGCUGCGGCCCAUUGCCCUGCCUGCAUCACCAGAGACAGAACUGCCGCCUGGUAGCGUGCCGGUGCCCGAGACGGUCGUGCACGGCACGUACUUCGCCUUCUGGCCGGCCAUCGUGGCGAGUGGCGGGCUGCGGCCGAUGGGGCGCAACCACGUGCACUGCAGCACGGGGCUGCCGCCCGAGGACGAGUCCGAGGGGCCCGCGGUGGUGAGCGGGAUGCGGCGCGACGCCGAGGUGCUCGUGUACGUCGACGUGGCGGCCAGCAUGCGCGAGGCCGGCAUCAAGUGGUGGAUGAGCGACAACGGCGUCGUGCUGACCGAGGGCGACGCCGACGGGCUCGUGCCCGCGCGCUUCUUCCGCGAGGUGCGCGGACGCGCGCAGGGCGUCGGCCUGCUGUGGAAGGACGGCCAGCACGUCGUCGACCUGCCCGACUGGGUCAAGGCGCAGCCGCCAAGGGGCAAG